CAGCUGGCUUGCUUCACGGUGCCAGAUGACAGUGCUGCUCUUCUAGAUCAUUUGCACGGCGCAUACGGAGACUGUGGACUGAGGACAGGCUCGUUCAGUUGAACGACUCUAAUACUGCGACGAGAUGAUGCUCUUUUUCGUUCUAAGCCUGUGUCUGGCUGUCGGAAAUGGCAUUCUACCAGAUAUGCCAACAACCGUGGAUUCGGACGUCAACAGCACACUCGAGGCAAAUGUAUCCCAAGGUCAUACAACCUUAAAUGAUAUGUUUAGGGAGGUAGAGGAACUGAUGGAAGAUACGCAACACAAACUAGAAGACGCGGUGCACCAGAUAAACAAUGAGAGUGCCAAGUCCAGCUCGUAUGCACAGGAUUACCAUAAUGAAAACAUCUCUGAGAGUGUGGCCGGAAAUCAGUCCAUUCAAGUUACCAAGGAGUUUGAGAAGGUGGCCGACAACGCAACUGGAGAGACUCACUUUCCCAGAAGUGUGAUCCAGACAACCAAAGAAAAUGAUGUUGAUCAUGAGUGUAUCAUCGAAGAGGACUGUGAGAAGGGCACAUAUUGCCUCUAUGAGACGCACCGCUCCCAGUGUCUGCCCUGCAAAGAACUGGAUAGGUCAUGUAGUAAGGAUGAGGAGUGCUGCUCGGGGCACCUAUGUAUUUGGGGCCAGUGUUCUCAAAAUGCAACCAAAGGAGAGAGAGGGAGCAUCUGUCAACACCAGAGCGACUGCUGUCCCGACUUGUGCUGUGCUGUCCACAAAGCCCUGCUCUUCCCUGUGUGCAACUCCAAGCCAAUCGAGCAUGAGCGCUGUUUCAGUUCCACCAAUCACCUGAUGGAGCUCCUGUCCUGGGACGUGGAGGGGGAGGGUCCAAAGGAGCACUGCCCCUGUGCUGGGGAGCUCCAGUGCCAGCACAUGGGGAGGGGAUCUCUGUGUCUACAGCCCCAGAAGUCCAGCGAGGAGGAACUGACCGACACCCUUUACUCCGAGAUUGACUACAUCAUCUGAGAGUUCACGGCUCGAAGUGGAGGAGCAAGGAGACGCAC